AUGGAGGUCCAUGGAGGGGCAGAGAUCCACCUGAAGUCCAUGGAGGUCAAUGGAGGGGCAGAGAUCCAUCUGCAGCCCAUGGAGGUCCAUGGGGGAGCAGAGAUCCACCUGCAGGCCUUGAAGGUCCAUGGGGAAGCAGAGAUCUGCCUGCAGCCCAUGGAGGACACCCAUGCCAGAGCAGCUGAAUGCAUGAAUGGAGGCUCUGAAAUCCAUGCUGGAAUGCUGGUCCAUGAUGGUCCCAUCCAGGCUUCUGUCAGGGACCUGCAGACCUGUGGAGAGAACAGGUUUCCUGGUAGGACUUGUGACCCCAAGGGCAAAGGCUUACGGUGUAAGGAUGGCAGGCAGCACCUCCAGCCCGGCUCCGGCCGGGGCACAGCGGCGAGCUGCGGGCUUGGCUGGCCGGGCGAGCCUGCGCUGCCACCUGCUGUCACCAGCGCUGCCACCUGUGCCACCAGCGCUGCCACCUGCUGUCACCAGCGCUGCCACCUGUGCCACCAGCGCUGCCACCUGCUGUCAACAGCGCUGCCACCUGUGCCACCAGCGCUGCCACCUGCUGUCAACAGCGCUGCCGCCUGCUGUCACCAGCUCUGCCCCCUGUGCCACCAGCGCUGCCACCUGCUGUCACCAGCGCUGCCACCUGUGCCAGAUGUUGCUCUUCCAGAUGUUCCCACGUGUGAAACAGCGGUGAAAUGGCUCCGUGUGCUAGCAGCAUUAGCAGGGGGGGUCAUCUCUGAGUGGUGGCUGUACUGUGCCCUCCUCCCUCUGUGCCUCGGUUUUAGUCCUGACAGUUCCUCUGGCCUCACCCACUUCUUCACGAGACACAACUGGAAAUAUUUUGAUAAAAUGAGAUGCUUGCGGAAACGAGCAGCAGUGUCGUUCUUAGGAAUCCUUGUUGUUUGCUUGCUGUUCAUGAACUUGUACAUUGAGGACAGUUAUGUUUUGGAAGGGGACAAGCAAUUAAUCAGAGAAACAGCCACGCACCAGCUCAACCCAGAGCGUUAUGUUCACAGUUUUAAAGAUUUGUCUAAUUUCUCAGGAUCUAUAAACAUUUCCUAUCGCUACCUAGCUGGCACACCUUUGCCAAGGAAAAGGUAUCUUACAAUUGGACUAUCCUCUGUAAAACGGAAAAAGGGAAACUACCUGCUCGAGACCAUCAAGUCCAUAUUUGAGCAGUCAAGCUAUGAGGAACUCAAAGAAAUUGCAGUGGUAGUACAGCUGGCAGAUUUUGACUCGGCCUGGUGCGAAGGGAUGGUCCAGGAUAUUUCACAGAAAUUUGCACAUCACAUAAUUGCGGGCAGAUUAAUAGUUAUUCACGUCCCUGAGGAUUACUAUCCUGUCCUGGAUGGCCUUAAGAGAAAUUACAAUGACCCCGAGGACCGUGUGAAGUUCCGAUCGAAACAAAACGUAGAUUAUGCUUUCCUUCUAAACUUUUGCGCUAAUCUUUCCGACUAUUAUGUGAUGCUGGAAGAUGACGUUCGCUGCUCCAAGAAUUUCCUGACUGCUGUUAAGAAAGUAAUUACCUCACGAGAAGGAUCCUACUGGGUGACGUUAGAAUUCUCCAAGCUGGGGUACAUUGGAAAGCUUUACCAUUCCCACGACCUACCGCGCCUGGCCCAUUUUCUAUUGAUGUUUUACCAAGAAAUGCCUUGCGAUUGGUUGCUCAUCCACUUUCGUGGGCUGUUAGCUCAAAAGGAAGUGAUACGUUUUAAGCCAUCUCUCUUCCAGCACAUGGGAUACUACUCAUCUUAUAAAGGAGCUGAAAACAAGUUAAAGGAUGAUGAUUUUGAAGAGGAAUCCUUUGAUAUCCCUGACAACCCACCCGCAAACUUGCACACCAAUAUGAAUGUAUUUGAAAACUAUGAGGCAAGCAAGGCUUACAGCAGCAUUGAUGAGUACUUCUGGGGCAAAGCUCCUUCUACUGGGGACUUCUAUGGGAUUGUAUUUGAAAAGCCCAUUAAAAUCAGUAAAAUUAAAGUUGUCACUGGAACUGAAGAUCGUCAAAAUGACAUUUUACAUCACGGGGCCCUGGAAGUAGGUGAAAAGAUUGUGGGCAGUAAAAAAGGAAGACAAUGUACGACUUACUUGAGACUAGGGGAGUUCAAAAAUGGGAAUUUUGAAAUAACAGAUGUAGAGCACAAAGUUCUGUUUGAUAUUAACUGCAUGAGAAUACUCGUUACUAAAAGUCAAAAAGAAUGGCUGAUCAUUAGGAGCAUUAGCGUCUGGACUUCUCAAACACCAAAUCAAUAG